GACAAGAAGAGGAGGACAACAGCUGUGCCCAAAGACAGGGAAGGAAUACAGAGGCAAGCCAGGAUCUUCCUGGCACGGAGAUCUUUGGGUGUGGUGCUCCUUCCCCCAGCAAGUUGAAACUUGGAGGUCCAGCCGAGAAGCUGGGGGUGUGUGCUCAAAAGCCCGCCUUGCCUGCCACUCCUUUCACCCACAUUGCUCAACCUCAUUCCAACUUCCAGUCUGAACGUGCAGAGCAGCAGAAGUAGUAAUAGUAAGAAUGCUCCGGCAUUGUGAAGGGAGAUAACACUUGGCUUCCCAGUGAAGGAUGUGAAGGGUCAGAGGCAGCAGAAGUUUUCCAGAGCCUGAACCAGACGUGUCUCCCAUGGCAUCCCCCACUCUUUUGCCCAACAGCUCCACCAAUGAUUGCAUCCACACUUCGGGAAACAGCACUCUGCUGACGUCCUCCACCUCCAGUGUUGCUGGCAUUGUCUUCCUACUCUUGGCUGCCCUCAUAGGGUUGCCCGGGAACCUCUUUGUCAUCUGGAGCAUCCUCUGGAAGAUGAAGCCAAGCCAUCGGUCAGUCACCUGCCUUCUGGUUCUCAAUCUGGCAGUGGCUGAUGGGGUCGUGCUGCUUCUUACUCCCUUCUUCAUCCUCUUUCUCAUCUUCAAGAACUGGAUGUUCAGCCUAGCAAUUUGCAAAGGGGUGUACUACCUCUGCUGCAUCAACAUGUUUGCCAGCAUCUUCAUCAUCACCCUCAUGAGUGUGGACCGAUGCCUUGCAGUCAGCCAACCCUACUUCUCCCAAGCCAUCCGCAAGAAGAACCUGGUGGUCAAGAUCCUGGCAGGGAUUUGGCUGGCAGCCAUCUUGUUGUCCAUCCCAGCCUUUGUUUUCCGCCAGGUUGUGAAGGAACCUUUGCAGGGGCGUUACAUUUGUGAGCCUUGCCAUUCCAGGCCAAGCUUGACCAUCCUGCAUUUCACCUUGGAGACAGUGGUGGCCUUCAUGAUCCCAUUCACCAUCAUUGUUGGGUGUUAUUCCACCAUUUUGGUACGCCUCAGGGGAGUGAGAAGAAGAAAAGGGGCUCGGACCGAGAAGCUCAUUGUUGCCAUUGUGAUCUGCUUUGCUGUCCUCUGGAUGCCUUACCACAUCAUCAACAUGCUCCAGGUGGCAUCAAACAUGGUAUCUGGGAGGAGGGCUGAACGGUUGGGGCAGGCCUGGAAAAGUGGGCGAGCAGGUGCCACAGCUUUAGCGUUCCUGAGCAGCAGCAUCAACCCUGUGCUCUAUGUCUUUGUGGCUGGGAACCUCAUAAAAACAUCUGGAGCCAACUUCAUUGCCCAAUUCUUUGAGGGAGCCUCGGACGGUCUUGGUCGGAGGACCCAUUCCCAGAGAAAUCUGGCUAAAGACUUGGUUGCACCAGCAGGAGCUUCUGUGAACUUGGGAGAUCAUGACACAGUCAGAAGGGACACCCAGCCUGAUUUGGGUGAUGGCCUAAAAGAGCAAUUAGGAUAUGGAAACUGAAUCACCACAUGUUUCAGCAAUGCAGUAGCUGCUUGCAGGAAGAUGAAUCAGUCCAUCCAGCUCAGAACUGUCUCCCCAGGGGUGUUGAACAUCUUUCACCCUGAGGGUCAAACUAUUUUUUGGCCCUUGGAGACUCUUAAGGGUUGCAAUCCAAUGAUGGCUGGGAUGGAAGACAAAAGAGAUGGAUUCAAAAUACGUAAACAGCCAGCACACUGGUGCUUACAGCUCUUACUGCCCAGAAUCAAGCCCCAGGAAACACUUUUUGAACAUUUAGGAUGAGAAAAAAUUGCCCAGAAGCUGGGAAAGUACCAAAGAUGGGUAGGUGGGCUUCAGAAACAAGGAGGGCCAUCUGUGGAACUUCCAAGGGCUAAUUCGGGACUUCAGGCUGGCCAGAAUUGGUUCACACACCAGAAGUUCAGCACCUCUGCUCUGUGAUGGUUGGGCACAACCCACUGGCACUUCAGUCAGGGGACUUCCCCAACCAACCUUGAAAUGCUGAAGAAUGAAUUUGGGACCUUUCAUAUGCAGAGCAUGUACCAUUUCGCUGAUCAACAGCCCUUACAUGCCAAAUGCGUCUGCUUUAACUGCUUGGCAUAUGGAAAUUGUGGCUUCUUGAGAAAGCGCCAAGGCUGCUAAAUGACUUGAAUGACUACCUUUUUGUCGCACUGUCGGUCUCUGAGCCCGCUUCAUUGUGAAACUAGUUCUUCAUACUUCGCCUCCUUAUGAGGUCGCAUUUCAGUCUUGGAACUUGGGAAAAUAACAGGUGACUUGGAUCAUGCUCACAGCCAUAGUGGUUUAUAAACCAGGGAACACUUGGAGUGUGUCUGAACCCAGCAGUAGGGUCUAUUAACUCCUCUGGAAGUGUUCAGAGAGCAUAAGACACCCCUGGCUUAAUAUCCACCUUGAGGGCACAGGUCAGGAGGGCUUGGCCCCUGAGCAUUAGAUGUUGCAAAUACCUUAACUAAACUAACAAACGUUCCCAGGGUGAAAUGUUAUUUUUGAAUCUUCAUGCUAAUUUAUACUUUCACUGUAAAGCUUCCCUCCAUCCCUUUUUGACAAAUUCUGUGUGUUGUUUGUAUCCCUAUGGAACAGCCCUCUUCAAACUGUUGACCAUCAGGCAUGUAGGACUAUAACUCCCAUCAUCUCCUACCUAGCCUAACUGCCUGGGAGUUUCAGAUCAAGACCACGGGUCGAGGAAAGCCAGUGCACAGAAUAUGUAAUCCUGUCUUCAAUGAGCUAAAAUGGACCAGGGUGUGUCCAGAUGGAAAGACGCCUCUAAAUCUCUCAUGGCAUUUUUAUCUGCCUGCAUUCAUCAUCUUCCGCAAAUGCCCAUUUUCAGAAGUGAGAGCAACAAGUCUGCUCUCGUUUUCUGAAAGCAGACAGAUCUAGCAAGCCACCCUCCGCAUGGAGAACUCCAAUCUAGCCCGGACAGCCUCCUCUCCACAUUCCACAGAGGACUGCUGCGCAAGAGUGAACGUGAUUUAAGGUCUGUAGUACAUCAAUAAAUGUUGUCUGCAGGCUUUUUUGUGGGGAUGGUUGCCAUGAACUCAUAGCUUUCUUUUAAAACUAUUGAGAAAUGUUUGUUUGAUGUUUUAAUGAAAAAAGGCAGCCAACAUCCUCAGAUCUCUUAAGCCAGGCAAAAUGUGAUGAAGGGUAUCAGAAACAAAAGCUUGAACAGAUACUAUUAUCUCUGAUAGAUGUACUUCCAUUCUAAGCUGGUAUUUCUUAAAAGGGAAAUAAAUUCAUGGAGGAUGUGUCUAUAUUGGUGGCUGUGUGCCUUUUUAAUAUUUUAAUUCUCAAGGUUCAUGUACCAUUUUUUAUUUUUAUGCAUCCUGAACAGCCUGCAAUCAAAUUUAAAGGGCACAACAGAAAGGCUAGCUCAGAUUUCCAGAGGCAGAAGCAGUAUAUUUUCAAUCCCAGAUGUUGGGGAAAGGACACCUCUGGUUUAUAAGCAACUGCAACUUGUCAAGUUGUGUGAACCCAGACACUUCCCACUGAAAGUUACAACAAGGAAUUAGAGGUGGAGAUUCCCAGCAUCUCUCACUGUUUCUUGCCUUCAGGCACUUCUUUUGGGCUUCCCAGGGACAUCUGGGGGCAGGUGGAGACCUCACCUCCACUCAAUACGGUGUGAAGUUCUGCGCAGCCCAGUUUAAGCGAGAUGCAGACAAACUGGUAAAGGCAACAAAGAUGAUCAGGGGACUAGAAAGAAAGUCCUAUGAGGAGGGAUCAGAAGGACUGAGUAUGUUUAGAAUGGAGAAGAGAAGACUGAGGGGAGAUAGGAGACAUUCCUCAAGGACU